ACGGUAAAGCUAAGCUAACAGCCGAGCGGGUAAGUUCGCUUCUCCAGCGGGCUGUUGGUGUUCCUCCUCCUCGGUUCAGCGGGGCUCCGCCUCGGCGUGUUUCCCGGUGGUUUCAGUGGGAGAGACGGACGGACCCUUGAGAUCGGACUCUCGCCUGUCGGUCCUCCGGGGAUGUCUUUCCGGGAGAAGCCGACCCCCGGCCGGCUGCUGCUGGACGACACCGUGCCUCUGACGGCGGUGAUCGAAGCCAGCCAGAACCUCCAGUCCCACACGGAGUACAUCGUGCGAGUCCAGAGGGGCGUGGCUUCAGAGAACAGCUGGCAGGUGAUCCGGCGCUACAGUGACUUCGACGUUCUCAACAGCAGCCUGAUGGUUUGCGGCAUCAGCCUCCCGCUUCCUCCCAAGAAGCUGAUAGGAAACAUGGACAGGGAGUUCAUAGCAGAGAGGCAGAGAGGUCUGCAGGCCUUUCUGGACUCAAUUACCCAGCAUCCCUUGCUUUCCAGCUCGCUGAUUGUCAAGAAGUUCCUCGACCCAAACAACUACUCCGCCAACUACACAGAGAUCGCCCUGCAGCAGGUCUCCAUGUUCUUCAGGUCGGACCUUAAGUGGGAGGUCCUGGAGCCUCUCAGAGACAACGGCUGGCGGAUCAGGAAGAAAUAUUUUCUGAUCAAAAACAAAGAGCAGCCCAAGGAGAGGUUUCUGCUGAGCUGGGUCGACCUGGGUCCUGAUAAAUUCCUCUCCGACAAAGACCUGCAGUCAGCAAUGAAGCUGCUAACCAGCCUGUCUACUCCUUACCUCUGUCCGCUGUUGUUCUCCAGCACCAGCGAGUCUUCGGCUCUGCUCAUCCGGCCGUUCAGCGAGAGGGGCUCUCUGAGGGACCACAUCUGCAAGGUGAAACCCAGAGAGAGUUACCUGAAGAAGUACUGCAACCCCAAGAAGAGCCAGGGCCUCGAACUGCAGCACAUCAAACUGUACGGCCGCCAGAUCCUGGAGGGCCUAAGGCUUCUCCACGAUGGCGGCCUGUUCUUCGGUCACCUUCACGCCUCCAACGUCAUCGUGGAUGACGGCGUGUGCCGACUGGCCGACGUGGAGAACGGCAUCCUGGGAGUCCCGUCGGCGCUGCGUCCGGCCUUCACGCAGCUCCGCAAGAUCAACACCACAGAGAGCAUCGACGUCUUCUGCUUCGGACAUUUACUCUACGAGAUGAUGUACGGCCGGCCGCCGGACGGCGUCCCCGUCGACCAGUACCCCGACGACCCCCCCGCCGCUGUGGUGUCGGUGCUGCAGUCCACCUUGUCCACAGAAGCCUGUAAGAGCGGGAUGCCGAGCGUGUCGCAGCUCAUCCGGACGCCGCUGUUCGCCGACGUCCCGCUCCGACACUCGGAGAAGCUCCAGAUCAAGGUUCCCAGCAGGCUCAGGGAGGCGCUGAGGGCGGCCAAGGAGGGUCUGGAGAGGAGGCUGCAGGAGGAGCAGAGGAUGAUCCACCAGCACAGGAGGCUGACCCGAGCGCAGUCCCACCACGGCUCAGAGGGGGAGAGGAAGAAGAGGAAGAGCCUGGCGAGGAAGAAGUCCAGACAGUCGGCCUACGAGAAUGAAGAAGACGUCUCCGUGAGAAACAACAACAACUCCGGUUCUGGAGCCAGUUCACCUCCCACAUGCCCCUCCUCCCCCACACCCCCAUCCACCACAGAAGCCCCGACUGCUGCUCCUCCUCCUCCUCCUCCCCCUCCCCCUCCUCCCCCUGCCGCCAUGCUGGACUCGUCCUCCCGUCCUCCUCUGGCCUCGUCUGACGCAGCGGGAGGAGGUCGCAGCGCCUUGCUGAGCUCCAUCCAGGCCUUCAGUAAGGGCAAACUGAAGAAGGCUGUCAUGUGACCCCGCCACCCGUCUUCCACCAGGACACCGUCGCCACGGUGACACGGCCCCGACCCGCCGGUACGGCACCGCGGGCGGGGGGCCGCUCCGCCUCCUCGCUCCGUGAGAUGUGAAAAAGAAUCGCUAACGAAACAACAACAAAAAGUCACCGUUUUACUUUUUUAUUGCUACUUCUGCUUUUUGCUGCUUUUUAACUUUUUUUAAAGCCUGUUGCUGCAGUGUGAGAUGGUGGAGGAGGCUCUCUGGGACGUCUUCUCUGUCACAAGGAGACGGACCCGCAGCCGCCCGGCUCCUCUUCGGCUCCCCGUCAAGCCGCCGGUUGAGUCGUUGGAGUUUUAUGUUUGGCAGCCGCUGUGGAUGCUGAAGUUAAGUUUAAUAAGCAGUGAUCUGACGCACCGCUCAAAUCAAUAAGUCAUUUUUGUCUACAAUUAUGUCCCCAAAACACACUUUUCUAUAAACAAUUGAAAAGAAAUCUGAAUGUUGCCACAUAUAUUUCCCUAUUAAUGCCUUUUGGAACCAGAAGUCAGGUCGACGUUAUUGGACUCAAGAAAAAGAGACAAAUAAGCUGAAGGUUCAUUUUAAGCCAAUUCCAGCUGGAAAUGUUAAAAUGUUUAUUUGCUGUUGGUUUUGUUAAUUUAAUUCCGUCACGUCGGGAGCCAUGAGCUCAUCGGUUAAACUUGGUCGGAGAGGACGGAUGUGGAUCCCUCACGUGUCAACGAAUGUCCCGAUUGGUCCGUUGACGAUUCAUUCUGAACAACACUAACAAGACGUUUCCACCCGCCUGCUCCUUUUUGAUCACGUUCAACAUAUGUAUCGUGUGCAUUAAAAGGUGAAAUGAAGGCGGCAGAUAUGAUGCUGGAGUUUAAAUAGAAAAUUGAAAUAACAUACAUGACAUACAUGAGGCCCGUGAAGAAAACCUUCACCAAAGAGACAGAAUGAAUCUGAUCUGUGCAAAGUGAGGAGCGUAAAAACCUUCUCAUUAAGGCACAAAACAAAAUGUCACAUUUACAUUUUGUUCCCACGUGUUUUUGCACUUUUCUUUUGCCGUCUUCUGGAUUUGGGUUAAUAUUUGCUCUGCUUGGGUGCAAUCUGGACCAAACCAGUGUGUGCAAUCCCCACUUAACGCUCACUAUCGGGCCCGUGUGACGGAGUUGUCCGGUCGGGUCGCGAUGGUUCUGUUUCCGUGGCGACGAGCCGCUCAUCUGUUUUCAUUUGGGGUCUGAAAUUCAUUUGUGAUUUUUUUUUUCAUGAUUUUUUUGCUUCUUUGUUCCACGGUGAUUCCUCUUUGUUCCACUUAUGUGAGCCGUGAUGCUGCUUUUGUCACUUUUAGUUUGGGCCCAUUAACUGCUGCUCACUUUCCACCUGAAUCAUGUUUGGAUUUUCUCCUUUUGUAGCUGACUGGUCAUUUCUCGCACGGACUGGAAACUUGCUACGGAGAGAAAAUCCACCGGUCACCUUUGUUUUGACUUAAUUCUAGUUGUGUGUCGUUUUAAAGUUGCUUCCAGGGAUUUUGUUUGUACGAUUAAAUUAAAUGUGCAUCAGAGAUUAGACACGGAGAUUUAAACAAAAUCACCUUUUCACAUCCUUCUUGCUGCUUCUGGGUUUGAGUUUGUCAUAAAGUUCUCUCAGCUUUUGUAAACUUCAUCUUUUCAGACGCACAGUUUAACCCCGAGUGGGCGUUGUUGUGUAACCGGUUUAAGGCCUUGUGUGAUCUUGUGUUUGUUCAUGACUCGUGGUAAAAUGCUGAAAAAAACACUCAUAACAAUGUUGAGUACUUUUUAAAACUGAAAUAGCUGUUGAUUAGGAAAAAAAGUGAAAAACCGAAUAAAACACAGCUUGAUAUUGAACUUAUUUAUGCCACUUGGUGGUUUAGAUUUUAGACGAGCUUGACUUUAAUCAGAUUAAAUGUGUCCAAACCAAUAAAUGCAUCACCAAGGCACGAAUUAAAGCCCAUGAAUGGAUCUCUCUGUUGCAAGUUUCACACAGUUAACCUUCGUCAGAGGUCUGUUGGGGGAUAAUUUCAAACAUUUACUGUGUCGAUUCCUGUUACUUUUGCUUUUUUUCAUUCUGAUGUAUUUUAGUGUCAAUUUUCAUAGAGCUGAAAUUAUUUUUAUUUUUAAUGUGCCUGGUGCCCAUGGACAACAGAAUGUUUUUGUUUUUUUUUAAAUAUUGUAUGUGUUACAAUCCAUACCAGAUCAUCUCUAUGUAGAACACAAUGUUGGUAUUGGUAUCGCAGUCUGGGCUGAAUAAGCAGCUAUUGAUUACUUUUUGAUAUUGAUUUAUUUUUUUAUUCAAGCUAAGUGGCCUCUGGCUGUGUAGCUUUUUAUUUCGGUGGUAAAUACCUCUUCAUCUCAGCUCUUGAAGCAAAGUGUUGACCUUGGUAGGUUCCUGCCACCUGAAGACCUCCUACAAUCAAAGUUCCUUUCGCUCUGUGCUGAAAUCAUCAUUUCUCUUGUCAUUCUGUGCGAUCCGGUCCGAUGGUCUUUGUCUCGUCUUUCUUGUGUUUCUCUGCAGCAUUUUACCACCGAGCGAUGGAGGACAAGUCCAGUUAAAUUCAGAGUCACAGCUGAAUAAGUAAAUUGUUAUAAUGAAUAAAAAUACUCUUCAAUCUGCGGGUCUCUUACUGUCAGCUCACACGAGAUGCAUCGAAUGUUUCGUCCCGAUUGUCGCUUUCAGAUUUAAUGUAGCUGCAAAUCCUCAUUUAUGCGCAUGUAAAAUAAUUCAAAAUAUCUGAGCCUGCUGUGAUAUAAUAACUAUCAACCGAAUGAACAUUUGAUUAAAAAUUGUUCAGGAAAA